AUGUCAAGUCCACUUUUUACUCCUGAACAAUGGGAAGCGAUUGUUCAACUAUUUGAAACUCGUUGGAAUCGUCCAGGAUCGUCAAACAAUUUUUCUUAUUCAGUUCAAUUGGCGAGAGAUGCAAUAGCUAAAUUUGAACAUUAUUUUGAAACAUUGUCACCACAAUUAAUGGGUGCUGAUAAAGAUGCUUUAUUUUCAAUCAAGAAUGAUUUUACCGAUGUACGUCAUUCAACAUAUCAAGCGGCAGGCAGUAUGGAAAUACGCUAUCGAAAAUUUAAAUUACAACCCACAACGUCACUUAUUGAUCAUUUAAAUACAAGAGCUGAUGAACAUGCAUUUAAAAAAUUAAUCGAGCAGUCACAAUUAUUACAAGGUAAAUUAACAAAAUUUCAUUCAACCUAUUUUUGGUGUGAAGUGAAUAAAUGGGGUAUGAUUUCAUCUAUUAUUGGUGGUGCACUAUUCAUUUUCGGUCGAGUUUUAUCUGUUUUACUACCAGGAACAAUAUGGGAUACAUUUGUUUAUGUUAUCGGAAUUUCAUUAUUAUUAGUUGGCUUCACAGCACUUGGUUUAAUUAAAUUUCUCGAACAUAGACGAGAUCCAACAAGUACAAUGCGAUAUUUAGAAGAAAUUCACAAACAAAUCGAUAAACUUCGUUUUCAAUUUGAUGAUCUUAAAGCAACAAUUGCUGACGAUACACCACAUGAAAUCAUGCAACAUGAAUUAGAUGUUGUCAUUGAUUCAAUUAAAGAACUCAAACUUCUAUGUUUUCCUUAA